GUGGCGGGGACGGAGCGCGGCGGGGAUGAGUGAGGAGGGGGCGGGCGGCGGGGCCAGGCGGAGCGGCGGCUUCCCAAGCCCUGUCCCCAGCCUGGAGCAGAUGCUGGCCACCAACCCCGGCAAGACUCCGAUCAGCCUGCUGCAGGAGUAUGGCACUCGCAUAGGCAAGACCCCCGGCUACGACCUGCUGAAGGCCGAGGGCCAGGCGCACCAGCCCAACUUCACCUUCCGCGUCACCGUGGGGGAGCUCAGCUGCACAGGGCAGGGCCCCAGCAAGAAGGCAGCGAAGCACAAAGCAGCAGAGGUGGCCCUGAAGCUGCUGAAGGGGGGGGACAUGCUGGAGCCCACCCCCCCCGAGGAGCCCAGCUCUCCUUUCCCCCCAGCCCCCCUGGCUGAGCCUGGCCCCCCAGCAGCCCCCCCAGCUCCAGCCAUGGCCCCCCCCUCACCCAGGGGCACCCCCCUGGAGAUGAAGCCCCCAGUGUCCCCCCCCCAGUCUGAGUGCAACCCUGUGGGGGCUCUGCAGGAGCUGGUGGUGCAGAAGGGCUGGAGGCUGCCUGAGUACACAGUGACCCAGGAGUCAGGACCUGCUCACCGCAAGGAGUUCACCAUGACCUGCCGGGUCGAGCGCUUCGUGGAGAUAGGCAGUGGCACCUCCAAGAAGCUGGCCAAGCGCAACGCGGCGGCCAAGAUGCUGGUGAGGAUCCACAACGUCCCCAUGGAGCCCCGGGAGGGCAGCGAGGCCGAGGUGGAGGAGGAUCAGUUCUCCAUGGCAGGGCCCCGGCUGGAGGGGCUGCGGGGCAGAGCCCCAGGCUGCACCUGGGACUCGCUGCGCAACUCGGUGGGCGAGAAGAUGGCACAGCUGAGGAGCCACCCCCUGGCACCCCUGGGCAGCGGGGCCUGUGCCCUGCUGCAGGAGCUCUCCGAGGAGCAGAGCUUCGCCAUCAGCUACCUGGACAUCGAUGCCCUGAGCCUCAGUGGCUUGCACCAGUGCCUGGUGGAGCUCUCGACCCAGCCUGCCACCGUGUGCCACGGCUCGGCCCCGUCCCGCGACGGUGCCCGGUGCCAGGCCGCCCGCAACGCCCUGCAGUACCUGCGCAUCAUGGCGGGGGGCAAGUGAGGACCGCCCC